AUGUUGAUCCCGUUUCUCUCGUUUGCUGUCCUGGCUCAGGCAGGCGCGUUGCUCUGGGGCACUGAUAAAUCCUACAUUAAUGCGAAGCGAGGAUUAUCUGCGCGCGAUAAAAUUGGCGCAGAGGCACCACUUGACGCAACUGUCUUCUCGACAAACGAGGUUACUAUUACCAGCUGCGGGCCGGAAAAGCCAGACUGUCCGGCUUCAUCAACUGCGGUGCCUUUGACUGAGAGUGUUGAUGCUGGGGUGCCUAGCUCUGCUGCUGCGGAGUCGAUCGUUGCGCCUAGUACACCUGUUGCUCCUGUGGAAACGAGUUCAAGUGCUUUUACGUUCAGCGAAGUUGCGUCUCCGCCUAUCGAUUCGACUGUGUUUUCUACGAACGAGGUUACUCUUACCAGCUGUGGACCGGAAGUACCAGAUUGCCCUGCAUCAUCGACUGCGAUACCCUCCUCGUCAGAUGCUGUCAGUAUUGGGGUUCCCAGUUCCGCUGCUGCUGAAUCGAGCAUUGCGCCUAGUACACCUGUGACUCCUGUUCCUGUGGAGACGAGUUCAAGUGCUAUCUUCCAGUCCAGCUGGUCUGCGCCUGCUUCGCCUUUACCUUCAGAUGCUACUGUGUUUUCCACGAACGAAGUUACGAUUACCAGCUGCGGACCGGAAGUGACGGAUUGUCCGGCGUCGUCAACUAGUCUCAGUGCUGGAUAUUUAAGCUCUUUAACACCCCCUGCUGAAUCGCGUGGUUGGGGCUCUGGUGUUGGUCCGGUAGAGACGAGUUCGAGUUCCUUUGAGUCUAGCUGGGUUUUGUCUUCAUCGGCAUUUACGUCGUCUGAGAUUGUUACAUCGACGUCUAUGUCCAUUGAACUGGGGUCUUGGUCUUGGUCUGCGUCUGUUGCAACGUCAAGUUCGAUCGCUUUUUCAUCGAUUGGAUCUGUGGCACCGUCUGAUUCGACGCUUACUGAGACUGUCUCUGGGUCUGUUCCUGUUGGAUCGAGGGGUGCAUCUUCUGUGCCUGUUGAGUCUACUCCAGAGGUCUCAUCGACGUACAGACCUACACCCACGCCAUCUCACGAAGUUUCAAGGUCCACCUUGUACAGCUCAGCAGCCCCCUCGACCUCAAGGCCUGCGAUACCCUCCCGAAGCAGUUCCGUCCCCGUCAUGUCCUCUUCACGCGCUAUCAUUCCCACGCCGGAAUCAAGCAGCAUUAUCCCAGUAACCUCAACCGAAGAAGGCACAACGACACUAGUCACCUAUGAGACCGUGACAACCUGUCCAAUCACGUCUACUCAUUACUCCGGCGGAAGCGCAGUGACGUCUGUAUAUAGCACUCUUUCGACGCUGACUCUGACGUCUACGGCUACUGUUUGCACUGCGUGCGAAUCUGGUAGUGCUGCUGCUGCCAGUUCUGUUAUGCCUACGCCUGCAUCUACUUCGGUGAUUUCGUCCGUACCAGUUUCGGUCCCGGCUUCCUCAUUACCAGCUUCGUCGGCGCCAAUUCCCUCGUCCUGGGAUAUCUCUUCUCAUGUCAGCUCUGCUCGUGCAUCUACUACUGAAGGGACUACGACAUUGGUUACGUACGAGACUGUUACGACUUGUCCAAUCACAUCUACUUACACGUCUGAGGGAAUCUCUAUGACUUCUGUGUACAGUACUCUCUCCACGCUGACACUUACCUCUACGUCUACUGUUUGCACAUCUUGUCUGGAGAGUAGCGCUGUUGCUGCUGCUUCUAGCUCCGCCACGCCGACCUCAAUUGCAGUCUCAGUGUCAGCGCCCAGACCUUCAUCAUCAGCACCAGCGUUUUCAACAACGUUCAGUUCCACGCCUUUGACUACCGAGGGGACUACGACAUUGGUGACUUAUGAGACUGUGACUACAUGCCCGAUUACCUCUACCUACUCAUCAGGAGGAAGCUCUUUCACAUCUGUGUUUACUACUUUGUCUACACAGACCUUGACAUCAACUUCAACUGUCUGUACUGCGUGUGAAAGUAGUGUUGCUGCAGCUCCUUCCUCUGCUACUCCUACUUCGAUCGCAGUUUCGGUGCCAGCCCCAAAGCCAUCUUCAUCGGCAGGGGCUUCCGUCUCGAUUUCUUCGGGGCCGAUCUCUUCACAUCCCGUCUCUUCGUCGAUUGGCAUCACUGAGGAAGCUACUACAACGUUGGUUACUUAUGAAACUGUGACUACGUGCCCAAUUACAUCAACUUACUCCUCUGGAGGACGCUCUUUCACGUCUGUAUUAACUACCUUGUCUACGCAGACCCUGACAUCAACUUCGACCGUCUGUACUGCAUGCGAAAGCAGUGUCGCUGCGGCUUCUAGCCCCGCCAUGCCUACUUCAAAUGCGGUUUCUGUGCCAGCACCGAGGCCAACUUCAUCUGCGCGAGCUUCUUUAUCGAGUUCUUCAGAACUGAUCUCUUCAUACCCGGUCUCUUCGUCAUCGAUCAGGACGCCUACGAUUACUGAGGCGACUACAACGCUGGUCACUUAUGAAACUGUCACUACGUGCCCCAUUACAUCUACCUAUUCAUCAGGAGGAAGCUCUUUCACAUCCGUGUUUACUACUUUAUCUACACAGACCUUGACAUCAACUUCAACUGUCUGUACUGCAUGUGAAAGCAGCGUUGCCGCUGCAUCUACCUCUGUUACACCGACCCCAUCACCAAGCCCAUCUUCAUCAGAAGCAGAAGGAAUCUCUGUUAUCCCGGUUCCAUCUAUACCGGCUUCAUCAAGUUCAUCAGCACCAGUCUCAUCUACUGAAGAAACUACCACACUGGUUACUUAUGAAACCGUGACUACCUGCCCGAUUACGUCGACUUAUUCAUCUGGAGGAAGCUCUUUCACGUCUGUGUUUAGUACUGUGUCCACUCAGACGUUGACUUCUACAUCUACUGUUUGUACGGCUUGUUUGGAGAGCAGUGCUGCGUCUACUUCGGUACCGGUUUCGGCUCCCGCGUCGCCGAGGCCACAGCCUACUUCAUCGGUAUUGAUCUCUUCUGCAGCAGUCUCGUCUGCGGCAGCCUCCUCUGCACCAGCUGCAUCUACCGAGGAAGCAACUACCACGUUGGUUACUUAUGAAACCGUUACUACCUGUCCGAUUACCUCCACCUAUUCAUCUGGCGGAACUUCUGUCACAUCUGUGCUUAGUACUGUGUCUACACAGACCCUGACAUCAACUUUGACUGUUUGUACGGCUUGUUCGGACAGCAGUGUUGCGCCUACUUCGGUACCGGUUUCGGUUCCUGCGUCGUCAAUGCCACGGCCUACUUCAUCGGUAUUGAUCUCUUCUGAAUCGGCCUCCUCUGUGGCAGCCUCCUCUACUCCAGUCGAGUCUAGCGAAGAAGCUACUGUCACGUUAGUCACUUAUGAAACAGUCACUGCCUGUCCGAUUACUUCCACCUACUCAUCUAGCGGAAGUUCUGUUACCUCUGUCUUUAAUACUAUGUCUACUCUGACAAUGACAUCGAAUUCCACUACUUGCACGACUUGCCAGAGUGAAUUUAGUUCAUCGCUACCGGCUUCCUCAUGGACUUCAGUUGCUGUUUCGACAUUUUCAUCUAACCCGGCUACCCCGGCUUUCCUGUCGAGUUCUACGCCCGUUUCAACACGUGCUUGGGUACCAGCUUCAAUGCCAGUCGCGACACCAACCCCAACGCCAGUCUCCUCGCUCUUAUCUGCUCGAGAUGCCGUAUCUUCCCCCGAUGACGAUGAUGAAUAUGAUGACAUUACGCUGGUUACUUAUGAGACUACGACUAGCGUCCCUAAGACUUGGUACAUACCGUAUCAGCAGUUUUUCUUAACUUCAGUGCUUGGCUCUAUCUCUACCUUUAUCCAAACCUCUACCUCGACUAUCUGCACUUCAUGCGAGACUACUCCUCCUGCUACUCCAACUACACUUUCCAAAUCGACUAUUAGCCUGGACCCUUCACUGUCUGAGUCCGACCAACCCGAGUCAACAUACACCCUCAUCUCCCUCUCUUCCGCCACCGAAUCCCAAAUAACAACCUACACCACUUCCUCCUCGUCCUCAUCUACAACAAGCACGACCUCCGCCAACACGGAGACAACUCCCUGGUCGCCAGUGUGGGUUGCUUCUGCUAGCAGUGAUGGCAUAGAUACGCCAUCUUCUUCUGCAACGCCGGGUUCGUCGUCAUCUGCUGGGAAAGCGGCAAGGGUUGAGGUUGGUCGGGAAUUGGUAGUGGGUGUUGCUGGAGUUGUUUUUGCGGCGUUGUUGUUCUGA